ACUGUUGAGGAUCCCGAUGCGAGUAUAGAUGACGGCGCAAAUGUUUCUCCUCCAGCAGACAAUGAAGCGGCCGGUGAAGGUGUAGCCAAGGAAGACACAGAACCAGUAAAAGGCAAAGACAAGGAUGAGAACCAACUUGGUGCAAUGGUUGAAGACGCGAAAGGCAAUGUUGCCGUGCCGAAGCCAUUAAAGCUGUGGUUUUUAAUCUUGUUAGCAAUUGCUUUAAUUGCAACUCCUUACUCUUUGCAGUUUCAACCCCGUAUCAAUUUCAAUGAAUCAGAGGAUUCGUACUUCAUGACCUUUGUUGUCGUAGGUGGCAUGUUGGUAUUUUGCGUCUAUCUUCUACACCAUAACAAAAUGAAAAUUCUUGGGCUCAUCUUUGAAGGAAGAGCGUCAUCUCAUCCACGUAGGAACGUUCGCUAUAGGAGGUUGUCGCAGCGGGAAGAAAACAACAAGGAGAAUGUUGGAUAUUAA